AUGGAACGCAGCAUCAAGAACGACACAGAGGAAGCAGCAUUAGAUUUUCCUCCAGUUCCUACUCUCCUGCCUCCAACAGGAUAUGCUCUUUUGUCAUUAUGGAUGUUUAUUAUUACUUUGAUCUCUGUCUUAAGUAACUCUCUGGUUAUUGCAGUGAUGUUAAAGAACAGUAAGCUCUUCUUUCCUGCAAACAUCCUUAUCCUCAGCUUGGCUAUAUCCGACCUGCUCAUGACUCUGAGUGGAUCAGCAAUCGGUACAGUCACCAACUACUAUGGCCAGUUCUUCAUGGGAAGACAGCUCUGUGUCUUUCAGGGAUUUAUGGUCAAUUACUUUGGCCUGGUGUCCCUCUGCACACUUACCCUUAUGGCCUAUGAGCGCUACCACAUAGUAUGCAGUGCCAUGGGAGUCUUCAAGAUCACAAUGAGGCGCAGUGCUAAGGGUCUGCUACUGGUCUGGCUCUACUGCCUGUUCUGGUGUGUGGUUCCACUCUUGGGCUGGGGCUCCUAUGGGCCGGAAGGAGUUCAGACUUCAUGCUCUCUGGCCUGGGAGGAGCGCACCUGGAUCAGCUACAGCUAUCUGAUCCCAUACUGGUAUUUCUGCUUUCUGCUACCGACCGGGAUUAUCAUCUACUGCUACUACCAUAUACUGUACUCCAUGAAAAGGCUGAAUCUGAGUGUGGAGAAUCAGGGUGGCAAGUCCCGGCAGAAAGACGACAGGCAGGUCACAUGCAUGGUAGCUGGCAUGAUCGGCUCUUUCUUCUUUUGCUGGCUGCCUUAUGCUGUCGUUUCCAUGCUUGUAGUCUUUUUGCCAGAUCUCUCAAUAGCCCCACUGCUUGCCUCCUUGCCCGCUUACUUGGCCAAGACCAGCCCUGUAUACAACCCCAUCAUCUUCUUCCUGGCCAAAAAACAGUUCCGUGAUGAAGCCCGGAAGAUAAUAUUGUGUGGCUGCUCUGGUCGUACACCUACCACAAUAACCAGUGCCAGUGAGGCCGAGAAUACAGCCAAACGUCCCAACAGCGUACAACCUGAACCCUGA